CACGAUCAGAAACAAAUAAUACGAUCAAAAAUGAAAUGCCGAGAAUCAGUCGACGGAACUCCUUUUACAAAAAUAGCCCCCGACUUCGUCGUACUAUCAGCACCAGAAAUUAUGUAUGAUUAUCGCAACUUGCUCUUGAUAAUCGCAACAGCUUUCAAAACCGCAGUGGAAGCUUUUCCAUUCACUCUGAAGCGAUAGCGGAAACCAGCAGACCCAGACGGAAAAAUAAAUAAAUUGCACCUCCGACGACCGCAUACAAGAACUAGCGCAAAAUCGAUUGUACGCACAUCUUCAUCAUAGGGCGAAAAUAACUAAACGAAAAAUGUCAAUGUCCUCCACUUCCACGACGUCCACGUCGCAGCAUGCUCCCAGCUCUGGGAGCAGCAAGAAGAAAAACUGCGCGCCGGGGGGCACCGUGGAGCGUCUGUUGCCCCCGGCAAGCGAUGAAGAGGAAUUAUCUUCGGACAUGAAUCGCGGACCAUGCGCCGCUGAAGAUGACGAAAAAGACGAUCUUCAGGACGAAGAUGAUGUCCACGGAACGAUAAAUUCCUUUCUCAAUCUUAAACUGUCUGUGGAAGAUGAAGAAGACGCGGGCGGCCAAGAAGAUGUAGAAGAUGGGAUGAGCAUGAUGACGAGACAGGCCGACGUCGAGCCGCAAACUUGUAGUACUAGGACAAGACCAACUACUAGAAGUGCUGUCACCGCCACGACCACGACCGCGCCCGCCUGCGAGAAUUAUGGAGCUGCGGCACUUCUGUCAGAAAAUUUGAGAAGUACAGAUCUAGUGCACCAUCAAGGGCCACAAGGGCGCGCCGGUCAAAAAGAGCUGAACGCGGAGGAGGAAAAGGAGCUAAUCCGGGAGUUCGAGGACAACGCGAAUUUUUUUAGCACGGAGGGCCUAGAACAAGAGCAGCGACCGGCCGAAACAUUGUCUAUGGAGAUCUGUGGCGAAGAUAAUGAAGAUGUUAAUAUGCGACAAAACCUUUUGAAAAAUUUGUCGGGUAGUAGUACUUCCACCUCCUCGUCAUCCGCGGCUUCUGCCGGCGAUAUUAAAGCUCCUGUUGAAACAAGAAGAACCACGUCGGCUACAACAACUCCGCUCCUCCUGUCUUCCGAGAAGGAUCCGCGGCAGCUGCCGACGGUGAUUCUGAACGUGGGCAUGGCGGGGUCCGGCAAGACGACCCUGAUGCACCGCAUGUACCUGGAGCUGAUCGCGAAAAAGAAGCGCGUGUACAUGAUCAACCUGGACCCCGCGGUCCAGAACCUGAAGUACCCACGCCACAUCGACAUCCGGGACACCGUGGACUACAAGAAGGUGAUGGAGGACUACGGCCACGGGCCCAACGGCGCGAUCAUGACCUCCUUGGGGCUGUUUGCCAUGAAGUUCCACCAGGUGCUGCAGAUCCUGGACAAGCGGUCGAAGGACUACGACUACGUGUUGGUCGACACGCCGGGACAGAUCGAGGUCUUCGGCUGGAGCGCGUCCGGGCAAAUUAUCGCGGACACGCUGGCCACCCCCUCGCGGGACAACCCCCUGUCGGGGUACCCGACCGUGAUCAACUACGUGGUGGACACCGCCCGCUGCACUCGCCCGGUCAGCUUCAUGAGCAACAUGCUGUACGCGUGCUCCAUCCUGUACAAGUUUCAGCUGCCCUUCGUGCUCACCUUCAACAAGUGCGACGUGCUCGGCUGCGGCUACGUCAAAAACUGGCUCACGGAUCAGCAGGCCUUCUCGAAAGCCCUCCGGAAGGACGAAAACAGCUACCUGGAAAGCUUGAGCAGGUAAAAAAACAAAAUGGAAAUUUCAAUUUACUUAUUGACUCAUCAGCAAUGCGAAGUAGAGCAGGUGCAGGUUUGAUAUCCUGUGUCAGUAUCUUGAGUCGAACGCUUUUCAUCCUGAAAAGUUUAGGCGUACAGCCUCGACCUAUUUCAACAGAUACAUCAGAAGCGGAUUCCCUAAUCUAUCUGAUAGAUUUGGGUGUCUUGAUCUUCAUUCUCAUUCACGUCGCACAAUACAUCCCAGGUCGAUGUCGCACGUGCUGGAGGAAUUCUACAUGAAUAUGGCUUCCUGCAGCGUGUCCGCGCACACGGGGGAAAAUCUUUGGGAGGAGCUGCUAUCCGUGAAAUUUCCGGAGGCCCGGAAGGAAUAUUACGACGUGUAUUUGGAGUAUCUGCGCGACCGGGCAAAGUGGGUGCAGCAGAAACGCGAACAUAUGAACUGCAAAUAUGUCUGGGUCUGGGAGAUUGCGAGAUUUGUCAUGCUAGUCUGGCAUGACUCUAAACUCUGUAUUGCGUGCCCGCGAAGAGGUCCUCUUGUCUGUCAUGCAAAAACGCAGUUUCUCAUGCGGAGUACGCAAGAACUCUGAACCACGGAAAAACUUGUCAUCCUGGGGAGCGCAUUACAGUGUCACACUGUAUUCCCUUCCUUGCAUCACAAGUUUCCAGACCCAGACAUUUUUGCAUUUGAUAGAACAGGAUGCGGAGCAAAAGAUGAAAGAAUUCGAGGACCGCAUGACCAAGACGAAGGCUUAGAAGAAGUAGAAGACCACUUGUUCAUCUACUCAAGAUAUCCACGACGACGACAGCGGAGAAUAGCUGCGUGUUACCAUUGAGUGGUGUGCAAAUUAGUUCUUGUUCAGUAUGCAACCUCAACUUUGCUCCGCGUCCACUGCUGCGUCCAGCUACUAGCAAGAAACUCAAAGCAAGCACUCAGAUUCAGCUUCUUCUCCUGGGCAGCACCUAGCAAAAGAUGAUGAUGAACUAACUGGUAUAAAAAUACAUACAAAACCGGCGCACACAUCAUAAAAAGCAUAACCAAUGAUCCUACCGAGGAUUUGUUUGUCAGAAACUUCUUUUUGUUUUCAUCGUUUUGACAUAUCAGGACGGUUCUGAAGGUGAACAGUAGAUCUGGAACAU